GGAGAAUGGGUAUUUACGACUGCGGAGCAACUGGAAGCCCGUAAGGACGAAGCCAGGAUUGCUUCCAGCCCUCGCUGGUCCCGCCCGCGAACCUCCCAGGAGACUCCAGGCUUCAAAGAGAAGCAACGCCGAGCCCGGCGCGGGGCACAGGCGCGGCGUGACGACCAGGGCGCCGUGAGAACAGCCCCGUGACAUAGGGACGCGGUCGGGGGAUCCUGCCUCCCGCGGGUCUCCAGCCCUGGCGGCCGCAGAAAAGCUCCCCAAACGGCCCCGGGCACAGCCUUCUCCUCCUGGGCCAGCACCGCCCAAGUCCCCCGAAGGCGGCAACGAGGACAAUGACGCCACCCGGGACCGUAACUUUGAGUCCGGAAGCGGGGAGCCGGCCCGCCGGAAACGCUAGACUUCCGGGAGACCGGAAGUGGGGAUCCGGGCCUCCGGGAACCGUAGUUCGCGCAGAGGCGUCUGGCGGCAGAGCAACAUGGCGGGGCUGGAGCUCCUGUCGGACCAGGGCUACCGGGUAGACGGGCGGCGUGCCGGGGAGCUGCGCAAGAUCCAGGCGCGCAUGGGCGUGUUCGCGCAGGCCGACGGCUCGGCCUACAUCGAGCAGGGCAACACCAAGGCGCUAGCGGUGGUCUACGGGCCGCACGAGAUCCGGGGCUCCCGGGCACGAGCCCUGCCAGACAGGGCCCUGGUGAACUGUCAGUACAGUUCUGCAACCUUCAGCACAGGUGAGCGCAAGCGGCGGCCACAUGGGGAUCGGAAGUCUUGUGAGAUGGGCCUGCAACUGCGUCAGACCUUCGAGGCGGCCAUCCUGACACAGCUGCAUCCUCGCUCCCAGAUUGACAUCUAUGUGCAGGUGCUCCAGGCAGAUGGUGGGACCUAUGCAGCUUGUGUGAACGCAGCCACACUGGCAGUGCUGGACGCUGGGGUGCCUAUGCGGGACUUUGUGUGCGCCUGCUCAGCCGGUUUUGUGGACGGCACACCUCUGGCAGACCUCAGCCACGUGGAGGAAGCUGCUGGUGGCCCCCAGCUGGCCCUGGCCCUGCUGCCUGCCUCAGGCCAGAUCGCACUGCUGGAGAUGGAUGCCAGGCUGCAUGAGGACCAUCUGGAGCAGGUGCUGGAGGCCGCGGCGCGGGCUGCCCGCGAUGUGCAUGCCCUGCUGGACCGUGUGGUCCGGCAACAUGUGCGCGAGGCCUCUGUCUUGCUGGGGGACUGAGCAUCGGCCCCCAUGCCCAGAAUAAAACCCACAGUCCACA